AUGGAAAGCACCAUCGCGCCUUUGAGCGCGUUAAUGCUGGACCAACCGUCGUAUCUCGACGCUCUUUCCGGCCUCGUUCAUUCACCUGAAUGUUUGGCAGCAAAGAGCUUUGUGACAGCUCGUCUGUCCGACGCCGAUCUCGAGAAAAAGAGACGCUGUGCGAGAUGCAACAUUUUGCUUGUCAAGAAAGAACGAAGAAGUCGACAGAAAGUCCUUCCCAAGAAAGAUCCCGCUCUCUCGACUACUCCAGGUUCCUUGCAGAGUAAGAUGGUGGAUGAGAUUGUUUCACUGGGAAUGGAACAACUGAAGCUGGAGGAAACACGCGCACCGGAAAAGCGUUGCAAAUUCCACGAUGGGAAGGUCGUCAACAAGAAAUGGACAUGCUGUGACCAGCAUGUGAUGGGACCUCCUUGCAAGAAAGAGGACGAACACAAACCUGAGAAGCGUACCCUCAAAGAAAUCUCCAGUCGCUGGCAGUACUCCGUAACACCCUCCAUCACGACAAAGGAUACGCGCAAAGCUGUCGUUAUCGACUGCGAGAUGGGAACGGCCGCAUCUGGUGACACUGAGCUGAUCCGCCUGACUCUUAUCGACUACUUCUCCAGCAACGUUCUGAUCGACAAGAUUGUCUGGCCUGAUGUCCCGAUGCUACAUUUGAACACCAAGUGGUCAGGCGUAACAUGGAAGAUGAUGAACGAAGCUCGUAACAAACGAAAGUGCGUCUUUGGCUGGAAGAAGGCCCGUGCUUUGAUCUGGAAGUUCGUAGGUCCAGAAACAAUCGUCAUCGGACAUGGUGUCAAGUCAGAUCUCACUUCUUUGCGCUGGAUCCAUCCUCGACUCAUCGACACGCUUAUUGUUGAGGGAAACAAUCGUGAGACAGCGGCUGGGCUUUCGUUGAAAAAGCUGGCUGAGGAGCGGUUGGGGAGAGCCAUUCAGCAAGGGAGAGGUCAUGACAGCCUUGAGGAUGCGAUUGCGACGCGAGACCUUCUCCACUGGAAUGUUUUGAAGUUGACUGGAGGACUUACAGAGGUUUGA